UGCGUUAUAAACCCGUUGUGCUCGUUUCGAAGCCGGCAUUUUCCUCAUCCUCUCACCAGGUUUAGUUUGUCGGACAGUGGAUUUGGUAUUUAACGUUAAGUCUAUAUUAUUCUUUAAUUGCUUUACUUUUCCCCACUUCGUCGACAACAUGCCUGGAUUUUCCGACAGAGAUCGCGGGAGGGACAGAGGAUAUGGCGGUGCACCACGUUUUGGCGGAAGUCGAGGUGGGCCUCCUCAGGGAAAGUUUGGCAAUCCCGGGGAAAGACUGCGUAAGAAACACUGGAACAUGGACGAGCUCCCAAAAUUUGAGAAGAAUUUCUACCAGGAGCAUCCUGACGUCACACGGAGAUCAGUGCAAGAGGUUGAGCAGUACAGGAGGACUAAAGAAGUUACGGUGAAGGGUAGAGACUGCCCAAACCCAAUGCUUAAGUUCCAUGAAGCUAGUUUUCCAACUUAUGUCAUCGAUGUGAUCACCAAGCAGAAUUUUACAGAUCCCACCCCCAUCCAGUCACAAGGGUGGCCAUUGGCUUUAAGCGGGAAAGACAUGGUUGGGAUUGCACAGACUGGUUCUGGCAAAACCCUUGCUUAUCUGCUGCCUGCAAUUGUGCACAUUAAUCAUCAACCUUUCCUGGAGCAUGGUGAUGGGCCAAUCUGUUUGGUGCUUGCCCCCACUCGUGAGUUGGCCCAGCAAGUGCAACAGGUUGCUGCUGAAUAUGGGAGGGCAUCCCGACUGAAGUCUACCUGUAUUUAUGGAGGUGCCCCUAAGGGACCACAGAUCCGUGAUCUUGAAAGAGGUGUUGAAAUCUGCAUCGCCACACCCGGAAGGCUCAUUGACUUCCUGGAAGUUGGAAAAACAAAUCUACGUAGAUGCACAUACCUGGUUCUGGACGAGGCGGACCGAAUGCUCGACAUGGGUUUUGAGCCCCAAAUCCGGAAAAUUGUGGACCAAAUCCGACCAGACCGCCAGACACUCAUGUGGAGUGCUACUUGGCCCAAAGAAGUACGCCAGCUGGCUGAAGACUUCCUGAAGGACUACGUACAGAUCAAUGUGGGUGCCCUACAGCUGAGUGCCAACCACAACAUCCUGCAGAUUGUGGAUGUAUGCAACGACGGGGAAAAGGAUGACAAACUCCUCCGUCUGCUGGAAGAAAUUAUGAGCGAGAAGGAAAACAAGACCAUCAUUUUUGUGGAAACAAAGAGGCGAUGCGAUGACCUGACCAGGAGAAUGAGAAGGGAUGGCUGGCCAGCAAUGGGCAUUCAUGGAGACAAGAGUCAACAGGAGAGGGACUGGGUUCUCAACGAAUUCAAAUACGGAAAGGCUCCCAUCCUAAUUGCCACAGACGUCGCCUCCAGAGGUUUAGAUGUGGAAGAUGUGAAAUUUGUCAUCAAUUAUGACUACCCUAACUCCUCUGAGGACUAUAUCCACCGCAUUGGAAGAACUGCCCGCAGUCAAAAAACGGGCACAGCCUACACCUUCUUUACUCCCGGCAACAUGAAACAAGCCAGCGACCUCAUCUCUGUCCUUCGUGAGGCCAAUCAGGCAAUCAACCCCAAGCUGAUCCAGAUGGUGGAAGACAGAGGAGGUCGUUCAAGGGGGGGAAGAGGUGGCUAUAAGGACGACCGCCGGGAUAGGUAUUCUGGUGGGAGGAGGGAUUUUGGUAGCUUUAGGGACAGGGAUAACGACAGGGGUUUUGGUAGUGGAACAAAGAAGGUUUUUGGCACAAAGACACAGAAUGGAGGCUAUGGGGGAAGCAGCUAUGACAGCACCGGCGGCGGCGGCGGCUUUGGAAACGGCUACGGUAACAGCGGACAGUCCAACUUCGGUGGCGCUGCGGCUCAACCCGGCGCAUUCGGAAAUCAGAAUUUCCAGAACCAGCAGUUUGGAGGAAACCAGGGUGCUGGUCAGAAUGGCAUGAGCCAUCCACAGUUCCCAUUUAACCCACAGCAGCAGCAGCAGCCUCCACAGCAGCCCCCACAGCCCAUGGUACCCUACCCCAUGCCUCCACCUUUCCCACAGUAAACAGACGCGCACACACAUGACAUGUAGGAGUAAUUUAUUGUUUUGUCCCGUUUAAGUCCAAUAUUCUUAUCCUGCAUUGUACUGUAUUUUUAUUUUUACAAUUGAGUUGAAAAUAUUCAACAUUUGAAGUCUUGCAAGCAAAUACAAGUGAUGUCUGCAGUGCAGCGGAGUGUGAUGGUGCACUUUUCUUACCAUUUAUUUGUCACAUUCCUGUUCUUUUUUUACUAGGUAAUGCAAAUCAUUUGAUUUACAGUAUGUUCAGUGAUAUGUUUAAAUCUUAACAGAAGGCAAUGCAUGGCCUUUCAAAUAAAACUUCAAAAAUUCA